AUGCCAAGACGAAACAAUAAUCCUCGACGACAAAACAAUAAUCCUCAACAACAAGUCCCAGACCCACCAAUUGCACCUCCCAAAUGGGGUGUUAUUUUCAAGCUAUCUCUCUUUUCCAUUCCUUACUUUUACCUUAUUUUCUUCCAUUACUCCAUCGAUUCAGAGUUUCGAAGAUCCAUCAUCCUCAAUGCUGGAUUGAGUCUUGCAGGUUUCUUUGUUACUGUUAGAAUGAUCCCUGUUGUCUCUAUAUUACUUCUUAAACGAGGUAUCUAUGGACUUGAUACUAACAAGGAGGGUACUCCUCGUGGAAACGUUAAAGUGCCUGAGUCAUUGGGGAUAGUUGUUGCUCCUGUCUUCUUUGUUGUGGCAAUCUUAUCUCAGUGUUUCAACUUCACAGCCGAUUCCAAUCUGAUGCCAUUGAAAUUGCGGUUGCCUUGUCGUUUCAGAGACCUCAAAAUUCUUCAUAUUGCAACGUGGCAUGCUCCGUACUAUGCUGCUAUAGCAUGCGUCGCUUUCAUGACAUUGCUUGGAUUUGUCGACGAUGGCCUUAAUGUCCCUUGGAGAGUGUGA